AUGAAGGCUUCUUCGGAAAUAUUGGCACUUGGCUACUCUAUCAUUAGUAUGAAUUCAGGAAAGUGGCAACCGGAUAUACAUCCAGAAGAUAAGUCUUCUUCGGCCUCACUCUUGGUGUCAAAUAGGAGGUCAGAAACAGAAUUAAACCUAGCCGGUAAUAUUGU